CGAGCAAUAGAACACGAACCGGCAACGCAUCCACUCUGUUGGACCAGAAAAACAACGAUGAGCACUACCCGUAGUCGGACCCGUGCUAGGGCCAGUAUUUCGAUGGCGUUGGCAGUGACCUUGUUCCUUUCUCUAGAGACGUCGGUGGUAGCCAUGAUUCGUUCCGUGGAGUCUGCAUCUCCGUUGAUUUCAAAGGCGCCCACCACCAAGAACAUUGAUGUCGACGUUGAUGUCGACGUGGACUCUGAUGGCAUUAACGACAUCGAAGUGAACAACUCCAAUUGCAAGCAGCGGGGGAAGAUGCUCAAGGAACGAUUCGAUGAGCACGAUUUGCUGCGUGCCUACCAAGAAAUCAAGGCCGAGUACCAGGAAAAGGCCUUCGGAGGCAGCUGUGAUGCAACGGACGGAAGCCAAAGCAUUGGCAAAGGACAAGAAGAACCACCGCAAUGGAGGGUGCUCGCCACAGUGAACCCAAACAAGGGGAAAAACACUAACACCGAACACGACGACGAACUCAUCGUUGUGUCGAUGCUGGAGCACCCCUCCGACCCUCUGUGUCCCUACGUAAAGAUGGAAACGGUGAUCCCUGUGCCCGUCGAGAAAUGCUGGAACUUUUUGUCCCUGGAUCGGUGGGACGAGACCAUGCCCAGGAUGGACCCCUUUUACGAGGGCCUCGACGUCUACGGAGAGUACGCGGUGGCGAGCGGAAGCGGCGGAGAGGGCGAUAAAAGCGACCACGACGCCGCGCGAUGCCAGCUCGUCCGCAUGAUCCUCGCACGGAAGCGCACAAAACGGAUACUGGCCUUUGGAAAGCGGGAGUUCGUCUUUGUGAGCGUCGAGGAUACCCCACUGCAGGACGGAACAUGGGUCUCGGGAACCGUCAGCGUCCAGGUGGACGAAUCGUCGCUGAAAUCGCCGCUGAAACGGAACAAGUCCUAUACGAGGGCCUUCCAGGACUCGAUCGCCUUCUACAAGCCCCUUCCGAGCAGGGCGGCCACGGAGGGGAAGGCAGGCGGGGGCGAUGCCGACCACCGGUCGGGCCGGACCGGCCUCACCAUCGUGUGCCGGAUCGACCUCAAUGACUCCAACGGAAGGGGGGGAUGCAUACCCAUGUGGCUUUACGUGAAAACGAUCGGGGCGACGGGGGCGAAAUCCGUUUGGAACAUGCGCAGGUGCCUGCUGGAAGAGUAUGCCUAAUGCUGCAGCAAUCGGUCGAAGC